UUAAAACAAAGGCUGUUCUGUACUGAUUAAAUUGCAUUUGAAUGACUUCGACAAAGGAAAACAGGCACAUGCUAGCCCAAACGAACCCUGCAGCAAGAAACAGUUUGAUGUAAAAGUGACCAACAACAUGUCAACUAAAGAGGAAUUAAAUGCUCCAGAAGAAAUCAAAGGAGUCGACGAUCUAAAGAUAACUAGAACCGAUAAACCAGAUGAGCCGACAAUGGAAGUGGACUUUGAGAAGAUUCAAGAUAUGAUUGUAUUUGAUGAAAUGGGCAACAAAAUACGUUUUGGAGAUAUUUAUAAGAAACAAAAAACAAUCAUUGUCUUUACUAGGCAUUUUCUGUGUUUUGUGUGUAAAGACUAUGUAGAAGAUCUGGCAUUGGUUCCUUUUGAGUAUCUACAGGAAGCAGAUGUGCGACUUGUUGUGAUUGGGCCAGCACCUUUUAAAUUUAUUAAAGAUUUUAAAAAGUUGACUGGAUUUCAGUCCACAUUAUAUACUGAUCCAGAGAGAGUGCUUUAUAAAGCAUUAGGCUUAAAAGAACAUUUGGAACAUGGAAGUUCAGAUAGUAGACAUGUUAAACAAAAUAUGUUUAUGGGUGUAAUGAGAAGUAUAUGGAGAUCAAUGAAAUAUCAAGAAUUCCAAGGAAAUGUACAGCAGCAAGGUGGUGCCUUAGUUGUUGGACCAGGUAAUGAAAUACUUUAUUCACAUUUGGACAAAAACUCCACGAGUCAUACACCCAUCAACAAACUGUUAGAAGUAGCAGGAGUACUACCAGUCAGUUUUCCAAAAGACCCAAGAGUUCAAAGCUUGUGAUCAAAAUUUAAAUUAUGUACAUUUAUAAUCAAAAUGAUUAUUGAACUUGCGACUGAACUUUCCUUAGUACUGAAAGAUUGAAGAGAACAAAUGAUGAGUUGUCGAAGCUGUACAUAGCAUUUAUUUAUUAUGAGACAAAAACUUUCAAUUAAAAAGAAGUGAAUUUGAUAGUAGUUGAAGAAAUUGAAUUCUUCCACACAAUGUAUUGUUAUAAUUAAAGAAUUUUGAAUUCAAGAAAUUUGCAACUAAAAUAUUAACAUGAUUAUGAUUUAAUUAUUUAUGUAUUCAAUAACAUUUGAUAGUUUGCACAUAUGACAUUCCUUUCAUAAACAUAUCAGUAUUAAUUUUCAUAGUAAAAUAUUUUACAAAUUUUAAAGAUUGAAAAUUACAUUAUGAUUGUGUACAAAAGUAGUGCAUAAUAUAGAGGUUGUAUGAUGCAAUCAGGAUGCAAUUGAAAAGAGACAUAUCAUUUUAUGGUUGUUGUUAAGUUUCAUAUGUCAGAUGAAGUGUGAAUGUGUUUAGUUCUGUAAUAUUUGAUUUUCAUUGAACAGGAGUUGACUCCCAUAUUUCAUAUCCUUCAAAUUUCCUAUAGUAUUUAUAUUUAAUAUAUAAUUUGUGAAUAUUUGUUUUAUUUAUUUUGUGUUCAGUUUCAAUUAAUGUAUAAACCUCUAUUUAAAACAUUUUUAACUGUUUCAAUAUUUGUGAACCGUUUUCUUACAUACUGUCAUUAUGCAAUAUUAUAUAUAAUGUAUUAAUUUACAUGAAGUUGUUACUAAAUAUAUUGUAACUGAAGCUCUUUUUUUAAACUUCUAAAACGGAUGAUGAAUUGAUAUCAAUGAAACUUAACACAGUUGCUUAACACUACUAUAACUCAGAUACAACAUGUUUAAGGGGAGAUAAUCAAAUUUAAUUCUAUAUGUAAUAGAUUUGCCUGAUGGGAAUGGUGGGUAGUAUCCUCUAAGACAUGUAGGGCAUUGUAGCAAUUAAGAGUAUGCAAUACAUUAUUCAUCAAGAAUAGAUUUGAUCAGGAAAAAUAGAGUAGCUAUAUUAAAUAAAUAUGUUUAUGACAAUGAGAUAUUUUAAGUUUUGAAAUAAUUCACUUUUGAAUGCUGUCACUGUAACUUUUAUGUUUUUGUUUUCUUGAAAUAUUUAUAACACUUUUUUUUAAAUUAUUACUUUACAAUAAAGUUUAUUUAUACAGA